AUGCCAGCAUUCAAGCGUCGUCGUCCCGUCCCCGUCCCCGCCUCCAUCAACACCCACCCCACCCCAGCUUCUGAGAAGCAAACCCCCGACGUCCAAUCCCCACCCCUCUCCCCACUGCUUAACGUCCGAGAGGACAAAGACGCCCUCGCAAUUGCUCACGACAGGCAGAAGUACCUCAAGGCCCUAGACAGGGCUCGGAACAAAGCCAGGAAGGCGUUCAGCUCAGUCACCCAUGCCAACACACCCGCCACUGGCCGUCGGUCCAACAGCAAGACGAGGGCCGGAGCACAGCAGCAACGUCACCACGGAGCUCGAGAACGGAGUGUUGCCGUUGGUGACGAGGAUUGGGUGGCGGCGUCGGAGGAGGGUGUGACACCAGCUGCUGUCAAUUGCGUGUCUAGUGCAGAGUAUUUUGAUGCUCCGAGUGUCGAGGUGAAGCUAGCGGACCUUGUGCAGACGAAGAAGGCGAGGAAGAAGGGCGGGCUUGGAGGGGACUACGAGUUCAUCCCGCAUAUUCGCUCCGUUAUCGUGCUUGAUGAGACGAAUGCGACGGGGAGGAAGACGAGGGAUAUGGUCGUAGACGAUGACGAGAAUGAUGCUUGGGAAUGCAUCGACGAUGAUAUGGUGCCAGGCAAGCAGAAGGUUACAUAUGCGAGCAUCGCGGCUACUAGUCCUGCCCUCGCUUCUCAUUAA